AUGGAUAUCACGAAUCUAGAGCCGGAAGAGACAAGGGAAGAACAACAUCCCUCUGAGGAUCGCACAACGGCCACUGUUUUGAUGGAAGUUUGCGGCGUGGCUCUUUUCUUCGGCCAGGCUGCUGCUACCGCAAAGAAGAUGUACGACCGUUAUACAACCGACGACAUCAGCUCAUCUACCAUCCUCCACAUACGAGUAUACAUGGCCAUAUAUCUCUUUUUAGGCAUCCUAGCAGCCGAUGUGGUAUCCGGAAUUGUCCACUGGGGCGCUGAUAACUGGGGAAGCGGAACUUGGUCAGGCAUCGGCCCUGCCUUCAUCCAGCCCUUUCGAGAUCACCACACCGAUCCUCGGUCUAUAACACGACAUGGCUUCUUGGAGCUCAAUGGGAACAACUUCAUUGUCAGUAUUCCAGCGCUCUGGGUGGCAUCGUCUGCCCUUGGGUCGCAAGACAGCGCCUCGGCUCUUACUACAGCCACCUUCUGGCUCUCGUUUGCGUUCUUCUGCGGAUAUACGAACCAGUUCCACUGUUGGGCUCACAUGGAAAAUCCUCCCAUGUUUGUGAGAGGUUUGCAGGAUGCUGGUCUGCUCAUGUCACGGCAGCACCAUCAUUUGCACCACAUACGCCCCCAUGACUGUUAUUACUGCAUCACAACAGGGUGGAUGAACCGCCCAUUGACUGCUAUUGGCUUCUUUGAAGGUCUCGAAAGGGCAAUUACGGCCAUAACGGGCGCGGUGCCUCUUCAUGAACAGUCGCAAAAGAACCAAGACAAGCUGCCGACUGAAUAG